UCAUAGUCCACCAAACAGAGAUUUCAUUCGCCAGCAAGUCAUUUCAAUUUCCACCUUGUUUUCUUCGCCUUUUACCAUUUAUACUGCUUUGCAGGAGGCGUCAAUGCACAUGAAACUUGACUAUCAAGUUUCUACCCCCAAGAACUUGGCUUCCAAGCCAGUGCUUUUGUUGAAAACAACGGUCGGUUUUGUGGCAUAAUCGAAAUCUCUCCCUACCUCCGCAUCUUUCGCCAAGUUUAAGCCGCAAACCUCCGCGCGCCAAAACUUGGAUCCCACGAACUCUAGACGAGGUUCAAAGCUCCAAAGCACUCCGCCUCUACUUCGAAUCCGCCCAAAUCGAAAAAAAUCGCAGUGGUUCUUAGUAGCAGCAGCCCGCGCCGGGUGCCGUGGUGGCUACUGCGGCGGCAGGGAGCUCGCGCCCGAGGGCCCGAUCCGCGCCAUGGAGGAGCCGCUUGAUGAGAAGGAUUUGGAAAGGAAGCUGAAGAAAGAGCAGAAGGUGCUUGUUCUAAUAUGGUUCUGUGCUGUUCACGAUGGAGCGAAAUCGAAGGAGGAGAAGAAGCUCAAGGCAAAGCAGAAGGAGGAGGCCAGACUACAGGUCCAAGCAGCAUCCGAUGGAGCCAAGAAGAGUGAGAAGAAGCAAAAGAAGAAAGGUGUCACGGAUGAGAAUCCCGAGGAUCUCGUUGAUCCGGAUACUCCCACUGGACAGAAGAAACUGCUUGCUUCUCAAAUGGCCAAACAAUAUAGCCCGUCCGCUGUCGAGAAAUCAUGGUAUCCUUGGUGGGAGUCAUCACAGUAUUUUGUAGCAGAUGCCGCAAGCUCAAAGCCACCUUUUGUAAUAGUCCUGCCACCCCCAAAUGUGACAGGAGCCCUUCACAUAGGCCAUGCAAUUACAGUGGCAAUUGAGGAUGCUAUGAUCCGCUGGCGGAGGAUGUCAGGCUACAAUGCUUUGUGGAUUCCUGGAAUGGAUCAUGCUGGCAUAGCUACACAGGUCGUUGUGGAAAAGAAGAUCAUGCGUGAGAGGAAGCUGUCAAGGCAUGAUCUAGGGCGUGAUAAAUUUCUAUCUGAGCUCCACAACUGGAAAGAUCAGUAUGGUGGCACCAUACUGAGACAACUGCGUACGCUUGGAGCCUCGCUUGACUGGUCGCGCGAAUGUUCUACAAUGGAUGAGCAGAGAUCAGGAGCUAUAACAGAAACAUUUGUUAGGCUAUACAAGGAAGGUUUGAUAUAUAGGGAUAUUCGUCUCGUGAACUGGGAUUGCACGCUCCGUACAGCAAUUUCUGAUAUCGAGGUUGACCGUGUUGAUCUCAAGGCAGAGACUUUCUUAGAGGUCCCUGGUUAUAGCAACCCAGUUCAGUUUGGUGUUUUGACAUCUUUUGCCUACCCUCUAGAAGAAGGAUUGGGUGAAAUUAUCGUUGCAACAACUAGAAUAGAAACUAUGCUCGGUGAUACCGCUAUAGCUGUUCAUUCUCAGGAUGAAAGAUAUAAGCAUCUGCAUGGAAAAUAUGCCGUGCAUCCGUUUAAUGGCCGAAAACUUGAAAUAAUUUGCGCCGAUGACUUGGUGAAAGCCACUUUUGGUACUGGCGCUGUCAAGAUCACGCCAGCUCAUGAUAGCAAGGACUUCGAGGUUGGGAAACAGCAUAACCUGGACUUCAUCAAUAUUUUCACUGAUGACGGGAACAUAAAUGAAAAUGGAGGUCCACAAUUUGAAGGAAUGCCACGUUUCACCGCUCGAGCUGCUGUUAUUGAUGCACUAAAGGAAAAGGGUCUAUACAGAGGCAUGGAAAAUAAUGAGAUGGAAUUAGGUCGUUGUUCAAGAACUAAUGAUAUCGUCGAGCCAAUGAUCAAGCCCCAAUGGUUUGUUAAUUGUAAUACCAUGGCAAAGGCAGCUCUUGAUGCUGUGAAAUCCAAAGAGAUAGAGAUCAUUCCACCACAAUAUGAGCAAGACUGGUACAGGUGGCUUGAAAACAUACGCGAUUGGUGUAUUUCAAGACAACUUUGGUGGGGACACCGUGUACCUGCCUGGUAUGUGACAUUAGAAGAUGACAAAGAGAAAGGCAUGGGUUCAUACAUUGACCACUGGAUAAUCGCAAGAAAUAAAAGUGAUGCAGUACUGGAAGCAGAACAGAGGUACCCAGAGAAGAAAUAUCAGUUGGAUCAAGAUCCUGAUGUGUUGGACACAUGGUUUUCAGCUGGUCUUUUCCCCCUAACUGUACUUGGUUGGCCGGACAAUACAGCUGAUCUUAGUACUUUCUACCCGACUUCUGUUCUUGAAACUGGAUUGGACAUCCUCUUCUUUUGGGUAGCAAGGAUGGUGAUGAUGGGAAUGCUACUCCACGGUGAUGUGCCAUUUCGAAAGAUUUACUUGCAUCCAAUCAUUCGUGAUGCACUUGGCCGCAAAAUGUCCAAGUCACUAGGAAAUGUCAUUGAUCCCAUUGAUGUAAUAAAUGGUAUAACACUGGAAGGUCUUCAGAAAAAGUUGGAACAGGGCAAUCUGGACCAAGGCGAGUUGGAAAAGGCAAAAGAAGGUCAAAAGAAGGAUUUCCCUGAUGGUAUUCCUGAGUGUGGUACUGAUGCCCUUCGUUUUGCUCUGAUCUCCUACACUUCUCAGUCCGACAAGAUAAACCUGGAUAUCAAGCGAGUGCAUGGGUACAGACAAUGGUGCAAUAAGCUGUGGAACGCCAUCCGUUUUGCGAUGAUUAAGCUUGGAGAUCAGUACACUCCACCAGCAACUCUCGCGGUGCAUACUAUGCUGCCCAUCUGCAAAUGGAUACUCUCAGUACUUAGUAAGGCUGUUGGCAAGACCGUGUCAUCGUUAGAAGCAUAUAAAUUCUCUGACGCGACAUCCUCUAUAUACUUUUGGUGGCAAUACCAGCUUUGUGAUGUCUUUAUAGAAGCAAUUAAACCUUACUUCAAUGGAUCUGAAGAGUUCGAAUCUGCAAGAGGUGCUUCUAGAGAUACACUAUGGGCAUGCCUGGACACUGGUUUGCGUCUGCUCCAUCCAUUCAUGCCUUACAUAACAGAAGAGCUUUGGCAGCGCCUUCCUCAGCCUAAGGAGGCUUGUAGGAAAGAUUCCAUUAUGAUAUCAGAAUACCCCUCAGCUGUACAGGAAUGGGCAAACGAUAAAGUUGAGAAUGAAAUGGAGAUUGUGUUAGAUGCUGUGAGUAAGCUGAGAUCUCUCCGGCCACCAACCGAUAUACAGUUAAGGCGCCCAUCUUUUGUGCUCUGCCGAAACCUAGAGAUUGCAGCCACUGUUCGGUGCUACCAGGCUCAAAUUGCAACGCUUGCUUCUGUAUCAUCUCUUAAGAUCCUGACAGAGGAUGAUCCAACUCCACCCGAUUGUGCCACAAAUAUUGUAAACAAAGAUCUAGCCGUGUAUCUCCAGCUCCGAGGGGCUCUCGACACGGAAGCUGAACAUGAGAAGCUUAGGAAGAAGAGAGAGGAAGUUCAAAAGCAAUAUGACACCCUGUCACAGAAAAUGAGUGCUUCAGGCUACCGUGAGAAGGCCCCGCAGAGCAAGCAGGGUGAUGACAUGAAAAAACUUGCUACUCUGUUGGAGGAGCUGGAGAUCAUCAGCGAAGCUGAGUAAACUGGAUGCAAAAAACUGACAAAUGUUUUGUGACUCAAUCUUUUGAAAGCCUGCAGAUAUGAUUAGCAUGCAUCUAGAUGGACGAUCCUCGGCACCCUGUACAGUCACUCCCACAGUUGCCACUGUUUGUAAAAAGCCUCGUCCACGCAUUGUGUGUGUGACAUGGGGGUGCUUUUAGGGCCUCAUCUUAUGCAUUUUCAAAAUUUCAGUUUGA